UUCUAACACAAACUUCAGUAUUCUAUAAUAUUAUGGCUAUAAAUAGAUAUGUUAAAGAUGCCCUCGCUGUCAGUGUCAAAAGGUUCAGGGUUUUCCUUUAAUUUGUCGCCGGUCUGGAUUUUCUAAUACUGCAGAGGUGUUAGGGUGUGUACUACCACAUGCCACAUCCCCAGUUUCACUCUCAGCCAGCGGCACCUUUGUUACCUGUGUUUACUCGUUUACUGUCUGUUUCUACAGCAACUAUUCAAUUACAUCCCAAAACUAAAAUAUCUAAAAAAAAAGAAAGCUUAGCUAAGCAAAGAGAAGAGACAGUCUAUCUCUACUUUAGAACAGUCCACAAAUAUGUAUGUAUUUAUAUUUAUUAUUUAAUUAUUUUUGUCCUGAUCUUUGUGUCACGAAAGAGCUUUUAAACAUAAUAAAACAUCUUGCUUAGAUGUCCGGCUGGCUGGUUAUCAGAUAGAUGUGAUAAGCAAUAAGGAAGACAAAUCAGUUAUUCAUUAACUCUGACAGACUUUACACUCCCCUGCAGUUGGAAGCCAAUUCACUCCGUUUGCGGUAUAUUUACAAAAGAUCCAGGCUUUAGUUUGGUACAAGUGUUGAGAUGAAUGACGUGGAAGACGAUGUUGAGAUCUCCUUUCCAGUAAAGUUUCUCGGUCGAGUAGAGGUGGUCCGCCCCGAUGGAAUACAGAUCCUGGAAGAAGCCGCUCAGAACCUGAAGACUUCAGAUGAAUUCUCCUCUGAGAAGGCUGCAAAGAAGAGCAAAGUCCAUCUCUUCCUGUCUCUGAGUGGGAUAGACAUUUUGGAAAACAAAACCAAGUUCCUAUUGUACUCGUGCAACCUCUCUACUAUUUCCUUCUGUGCUGUCCUUCCUUCUUCACCUAAAGUUUUUGGGUUUGUGGCAAAGCACCCUGCAGCGGACACGUACCACUGUUAUCUCUUUCAGAGUGCAAAGUUUUCUCACGUGCUGGUCUCAGUUAUUGGGGACGCCUUUCGGGUUUCAAAGAAGGAGGAGACACCCAGAGUAGGACGAGACAUAAAAGUGGAGGCACUCCAACAUAAGAAUAAAAUGCUGCAAAGAGAGAAUGAUAAGCUGAAGAGGAGGCUUGCAGGAGAAACUGAUGACUGAUGAUUGCAUACAAUGUUGCUGUUGUGGGUACAUAUAAGUACACAACGAGCGUGAGAGACUGCUUCCUAUUAAAUUUUACAUGAUGCUGAAAUAAAUAUGUCUGUAAUUUUCUUUUCUUUUUUUUCUUAUUCAACGUCGUAUCCAUUUUAGCUGCUUUACCCAAAUCCUUCCACUAGAUGGCAGCAGCGAGUUGUCAUUCUCACUAUGUUUGGCAAGUCUCUGGAUGCGUUCAAGUGUUUUAAAAACAUAAGAAAUAUUGUACUUAAUUGUUUCACUUACAGUUAAAAAUAAAAAACAAACAAACAAAUGCUUUAA